CUUUAAACAUCCUAAUCGAGGUAAUUGGCCUAGAUACAGGUCACACAUUGCUAUGAAAAGCACGUCAGCAGAUGUGUGCGACUCUAUGCCACCAUGGACAGCAUACAGAUGAAAAAUAUCGGCGGAAAGUUCACCCUGCUUGUAGGAUUGGUUAAAAUAAGUGAUGAAUAUCUCUUCGGAGAUGAUACCGGGGAAGAUAUUACCAUCAUCAAGGAUCGCAUUAUGCACAAUGUGUUAAACGUAAACAACUAUAUAAAAUCGCUAUGCGAGUACUAUGAUAGAGAAGCAGAUGCAUCAAAGGAAGCCACACCCUCAGCUGGGGACGUCAGCAGAUUAGCACAAAACACCGCGAUGAACCUAGAGAGAUAUGUAUCACGCGACGAAUUCUUUGUAUACUCAGUGUCUGUUGCACUAAAUCCUCGCAUUAAGAAUCUAGCGGAUUUCAAAAAGGAGAGCGGAGAGGGAGAUGGCGUUUGUACCAUCACUGUCAAACUUCCAUACGAUAAACAGCGCCAAUCGUUUUACAUCCGGCUUAUGCUGAAACUUGUAUCGAAAAAUUCCCUAGUACUUAAGCUCAAUCCUGAGGGUGAAACUGCAGAUUUCACGGAAAGGGAUAGCAAAUUUGCUAGCUCACCCGAACCUCGUGAUACCGAGGCUCCGCCAGAUUAUUUCGACGAUGAUAUCAAAACCGGCACGCAGGGCGACACGGGACAACAAUUUGUUAGAGCAGGCAUGAACUCGUUCAGUUCAUAUUCAUUUUUCAAUCAAAGCUCCAUGAUUCUCACAAAAUACGUCAAUAGUCAGGUCGUGCUCAGAGAGGAUGACCGUGUCAUGGGCGAACGACUACUGAGAGAGAAGGAAAAGAAACGCAGGGAAAUGCAAUCUCGUAAAAAAUAGCUACCCAGUACUGCGA